CCUACAUUUUUUCGGAUUCGUUGUUCCGGGUGCUUCUUAACCCUCUCGAAUGUAGGAAUUUGUAACAAAGUUGGCAUUCCGUGUGCUGGGCUCUGAGCGUGCAGCGAUCGCGGCUUUGCGUUUACCGUAGGUCGGAACGCGUGCGCGACUGUCAGGGACGAUAUCAGGGAGGGAGUGGAGGCGCGGUCGUAGGGACGAGAACGUUACUUCUUCAGUUGGGUUUGGUGCGCGAACCGCGUUUGAGCUGUUCGGCAAACUUUUGAUGCGAAAAACAGAGAGAAAUAACGGCCGACUGCCGAGUGUACGCGAAGCUUCUUUGUUUUUAUUUUAUUUCCAUCCGCGUCCUCGAACGAUCGGGAUAUUUUUAGUGUGUCAAACUUCUCGUUGACGGGGAACUCGACGACGUCGUUUUUUUUUAAUUUUUCGAGUAAAUGAACGUGGAAAAAUCCACGAUAACCUUCGCCGCGACACUCUUGCGUUCGUAGGGAUUUUACUCUCGUGCAAACCUCGGGACUUCGUGUGUGUUGUACUUUUCCAAAAGAGUUUUUACGUCCCGGGAAUUGCCAGAGGAGCUCCGGGCCCUUGAAACGACUUUUUUCAAACUCUGCCAUCUUCCUGACAACUUCCGGAAUCCAUCGGAACUUUUUGGAACUUUGUGCAGCUUUUCAGUGAAAUGGAAGCAUACGUGAUGGAAAAGCCAGCGAAAAAUGUACUCUAAACGGAUCUUGAGCGUUUCCAUGAUGAGUGAAUUAAAGAAAACAAUGAUGAAAAUGCGAAAAACGAAAAGCAAUUCGACUCGUAACGACUGUGCAGUAUGAAAAGUUAUUUACGAGCCCACUAAUCGAAUCGUGAGUGCAAAGUCAUCCGAAGCAUAGAGAGUUGAAAUUCUCGAUCCUUUCAAAGCUGCCUAAAAAUAACAAUGUUGAAAGGAUGAAAAAUGUGUAUCACGGGAAUUCAUCGGCGUCGAAGCGUUUUCUAGCGUAAUCGUGACUAAGGAUCAGUAAUGUUCGAUACGAAACAGCGGAGGCUGGAAAGAAGCAGGAACAAAAAAAAAGAUUAGUUGGAUGCGGAGGUCGUACGAGAUAUGAAUGCCGAAUGGAAUUUUGAGAGACUGAGGGGAAGUUUUAGGGAUGGGUAUCGGGAAUUCAAACGCAAGUGGGGCUGUAAGGGGUAAUCGAUAAGUUGAAACGAAGGGGUGGAGACCGUGGAAAGAGCAGCAGGGAGUAAAGGGAUAGGCUGAUUUUCAAAUUAGCAUGAUGGGCGAGCUACAAACUGAUCAAAUUCAUCAAAAUUUGGAUCGAAUAACUUUUGGAAAAGUAUAAAUGACCAUGGAAAAGGAUCAUCGAAACGUGGGAAAUUGAAAGGCAGUGGAUUUGUGAAUACGUAAAGGGAAAUCAAGAUAGCAGCAAAAUGCGACCAUUAUUUCCACUGCUGGUGGUUUUUUCGUGUCUCCCACUCGCUGCUCGGGCUUCCGAAAGUUUUCGUGGAAGCAGCGGAGUGAUAAGAGGCGAGAGUAGUAUCAAGAUCGGCACUGGCACGAGUUCCCGUGGCAGUGGGACGGGAAGAGGCAAUUCGGGGGUGCGAAUAGGUGAAGGCAAAAAUCCAUCUUCAACCAGGCAAAGAAUAAUACCGCCGACGACAACGACGACGACGCCGCAGCCGCAUUACGUACAACCGACACCACCACAUUCAUCGAACUCUGCAAAAAAUGCGAGCAAAAUUUACUUAAAGGUGGGGAUGGUUGUCCCGUAUAAAUUUUUCGGUACCCGAGAAUAUACGAAAGCGGCAAUGACAGCGAUUCAUGGACUGCAGAAAAGCGCAAGAGGACCGAGGUUGGAGCUGUUCAACUUUUACGACUUCAAUGUGAUAAUCGACAUGAAAGAAUUGACGCCAAGUCCGACCAACAUACUCGAUUCCCUCUGCGAUCAUUUUCUAACUGUCAAUGUUUCGGCGAUAAUCUACCUCAUGAACUACGAGCAGUAUGGUCGUAGCACAGCCAGCGCACAGUAUUUUCUUCAGCUGGCUGGUUAUCUUGGAAUUCCUGUGAUUGCGUGGAAUGCUGACAAUUCGGGGCUCGAAAGGAGGGCGUCGCAGAGCAGUUUGCAGCUGCAACUGGCACCUUCACUGGAGCACCAAACAGCCGCAAUGUUGAGCAUACUCGAGCGUUACAAAUGGCACCAAUUCAGCAUCGUUACGUCACAGAUAGCCGGACACGAUGAUUUUAUACAGGCUGUUCGAGAAAGAAUAUCCGACAUGCAGGACACGUUCAAAUUCACCAUACUGAAUGCUGUUCUCGUCACUAAAAAGGACGAUCUCGUCGAACUUGUCAACAGCGAAUCAAGGGUCAUGCUCCUCUACUCGACGCGGGAGGAAGCCUCGCAAAUCCUGUCGGAUGCCAGAGAAUAUAAAAUCACUGGUGAAAAUUACGUUUGGGUCGUUACCCAAAGCGUCAUCGAAAAUCUCCAAACACCGAAUCAAUUUCCAGUUGGAAUGUUAGGUGUUCACUUUGAUACGAGCACCGCCAGCCUUGUGAAUGAGAUUGCAACCGCGAUAAAGGUUUAUGCCUACGGUGUCGAGGACUUUGUAAAUGAUCCGAAAAAUGAUAAUCAUACGUUACACACCGCUCUUAGCUGCGAGGGUAUUGGCGAGUCACGUUGGAACACGGGAGAUCGAUUUUUCAAAUACUUGAAAAAUGUAUCGGUCGAAGGUGAUCAAGGGAAGCCAAACGUCGAGUUCACUCAGGACGGUGUCCUGAAAGCUGUAGAAUUGAAAAUUAUGAACUUACGACCGGGAGUCAGCAAACAGCUCGUCUGGGAAGAGAUCGGAGUUUGGAAAUCGUGGCAAAAAGAAGGUCUCGAUAUAAAAGAUAUUGUCUGGCCGGGCAAUUCCCACACACCGCCGCAGGGGGUUCCGGAAAAGUUUUAUUUGAAAAUAACGUUUCUCGAAGAGCCGCCGUACAUUAAUCUCGCACCACCAGAUCCCGUGAGUGGAAAGUGCCUAAUGGAUCGUGGAGUUCACUGCCGAGUCGCCAAGGAGUCCGACAUGGUUGGAAUGGAUAUACAGUCAGCUCAAAGGAACGAGAGUUUCUAUCAGUGCUGCAGUGGAUUCUGCAUAGAUCUGUUACAAAAAUUCUCUGAAGAAAUUGGAUUCACGUAUGAGCUCGUGAGGGUGGAGGAUGGAAAAUGGGGAACGCUCGAGAACGGAAAAUGGAACGGGCUCAUAGCGGAUCUUGUCAACCGCAAAACCGACAUGGUGCUUACCUCCUUAAUGAUUAAUUCCGAGAGGGAAGCGGUCGUUGACUUUACGGUGCCUUACAUGGAAACUGGGAUUGCGAUCGUCGUCGCUAAGAGAACUGGAAUCAUCUCGCCAACAGCGUUUUUGGAGCCUUUUGACACGGCCUCGUGGAUGCUCGUGGGAAUCGUUGCCAUCCACGCAGCAACAUUUGUCAUCUUUCUUUUCGAGUGGCUUUCACCAUUUGGUUUCGACAUGAAGGUGAACCCCUCGCCCAAUCAUCGGUUUUCACUGUCCAGAACUUAUUGGCUCGUUUGGGCUGUACUGUUUCAAGCUGCGGUUCAUAUCGACUCUCCAAGAGGAUUUACGGCUCGCUUCAUGACGAACGUGUGGGCCAUGUUCGCUGUAGUGUUUCUUGCCAUCUACACUGCCAACUUAGCAGCCUUCAUGAUAACCCGGGAAGAGUAUCACGAAUUUUCGGGAAUCGAUGAUCCGAGACUCUCGAAACCGUGGACCCACAAACCAAUGUUCAAAUUCGGCACCAUACCGUGGAGUCACACUGACAGUACACUCGCUAAAUAUUUCGCUGAGAUGCACAAUUACAUGAGAAAGUUUAAUAAAAGCAGCGUAUAUGGAGGCAUCGACGCGGUAGUGAGUGGUGACAUAGAUGCGUUUUUCUACGAUGGAACUGUCCUCGAUUACUUGGUAGCGCAGGAUGAAGACUGCAGAUUAUUGACAGUUGGAUCUUGGUACGCGAUGACCGGUUACGGCCUCGCAUUCGCCAGGAACUCCAAAUAUUUGCCGAUGUUCAACAAAAGAUUGCUCGAUUAUCGAGAAAACGGUGAUCUCGAACGUCUCAGACGAUAUUGGAUGACGGGGACAUGUAAGCCCGGCAAAGAAGUACAAAAAAGCUCGGACCCUUUGGCUCUCGAACAGUUUUUAAGCGCUUUUCUUCUCCUCAUGGCCGGAAUUUUGCUCGCAGCGACACUUUUGUUUCUCGAACAUCUUUACUUCAAGUACGUGAGACACCAUCUUGCGAGAAGCGAUAAAGGUGGCUGCUGCGCUCUCAUCAGUUUGAGUAUGGGAAAGUCUCUGACGUUUCGAGGUGCAGUUUUCGAAGCUCAAGACAUUCUGCAACAUCACAGAUGCAGAGAUCCGAUCUGCGAUACACAUUUGUGGAAAGUUAAACACGAAUUGGACAUAGCUCGACUAAGGAUAAGGCAACUCGAGAAAGAUCUUGAGGCUCAUGGCAUCAAACCAUCUCAAGCGAGGAGGAAACCGGGGAGGAUGGGAUGGUGGCAGGGAUGUCUACAGUCCUCGGAUUAUCAGACAUCCGGUAAUCAGCUGGCGGUCGAGGCGCCACACCCUCUGCCCCCUUACUUUGACUCAUACCUCGACACAGUCGAAGUGGCCAAGCCAAGGGACAUGACGCGAAACCACGUCGUCAGUACGGAGUACGCAGACGGUUUUUUGCCGACGGAAAUUUACAAGGCUUCGGAGGAAGAGUCGACGCGAACGGAAAUAGCAGAAAUCGAGACAGUUCUGUGAUGUCCGGGUUCGAGAAAAUCUGUGUUUUUUGUAAGAGAAGAAACAUCUUCGAAACUGAAAGACAACUUCCGACGGUGGUGAACGUCCGGCGGAGUUUAUCGUGGCCCAAAUAAGUGAUCGAACCACAAGCGCAACUGCAAUUCGACCAACGUUUAAUGCCGAAGGGAAUGAAGAGGGGGGAGAAAAGCAUUGGAAUUAAACGGAAAAAUUAUUUUACUUCCGUUCAUCACCAUCAAAGGAUUCAGUGCCUAAAGUAUAUUUUUUUCUGUCAGAAAAGUAUACUCGAAAUAGCGGUGGCCCAUCUUUGAGCAGAUGUUGUGGAGUUCGUUUAAAUUGUUGUGAAUUUAUUGAGUAUUUUCAGUUAUCAUUCUGCUUAGUCGUCGAAGCCAGUUAAACCAGUUUUAAGCAGCAUCGUUUUUUAUCAAAACCCAGAGUUCGUAGCUUGACGAAAAAAGCGGCGUUUGUAUUCCUUCUAAAAUCAUUUUCGAGCCUCGUUUUUUAACUAAAAAGUGAGAUUAAACGAUUAGUCGCUAGAUCCCGUGUUGAAUUUCCAAAGUUACUUUUACGUACAAUUCACUUGCUGAUCGGAAUUAAGUGAAAACAAUAAUCACGUGGAUCCCGAGUGGGCAGUGAUUGGUAACAAGUUCCACUUUAGAUGGCUCUGACAGUUCACUUCUCGAUGAUAAUUCGGUGAAGAAGGAAGAAGUGCUGCCAUGGAUAAAUUGCCAAUUAAGCUGAGACGUUGCCAAAGGAGUUUGAACCGUGCCAAAAUCCAGAGCUUUCUCGGUGGUACAUUACCAGCUGAGCUCACGUCGGUAGAUCGACGUCGUCUGCUCUGCAGACUCGUGACGUUAUCGAGCGAAAGUGUCGGUAAUGGGCUCUUAGUUUAUCGAUGGCCAAUACAGAAGAUUUUUUCAAAGGAAGAAAAAAGGGCGGGAAAAUGUCCCAUGAAACGCAGGUUCGAGCAGAUUUUCAUACGUCCAUUUCCUCGUUGCUUUGAUACCAGGAAUAGAAUAAUUUAAGGUAUUCUUUCGAUUCGACCUUUAUGUCUGAUGGAAUCUGUAAAUAAUUCGUCCCAAAGAAUAAUUAAUUGAGAUUGAGAGCAUUCAUGCGUGUCUAAACAUCACCCUCGAUGCCAAAACUCUCGACACACGCAUGAACAAUUCAACACCACAGGAACAAACGCUUUAGAUCAUUUUUUCAAUCAUUACGUCGGAGCUUUUUCGAUUCGAGAAAUUCUCACGAUACUAAUCGACGAAUCGAGAACACACACUCGACGAGUCCUACGAUACGGGUGCUCGCUUUAAUUUCUUCCUUGUUUUUUUCCUUCAUCAGGAUAUCGCGAUCGAAUUAAAUCAAUACGAGGAAAAUACAACCGUUAGUAUUAAACGAAUAAUUAAAAAUUGCUGGAUAAAAUUGAUGUGUAUGAUACUAAAUAAAUAUUAAAUUUAAAUACGUGUCAGAAAAAAAAACGUUAGUCUUAACGCAUCGGUAUGAUACUUGAAAUAUUCUAUGUGCAUACAGACACACAUAAAUAUAUAUAAAAAUACAUAAAAUAUAUAAAUAUAUAUUUAAUAUCGUAUAUAAAUGAUGCCGGAGAAAGAUUAAGUAUUGAAAAAUAAUGUCGCACGCCUACGUGAGUGUGAAUAAUAUGAAUCGACGUCAACAAAAGAAUAUUCUAAAUAUUUAUGAUAAUCUGGCUGUAUGGUAUUUAUACUUUGAGGACGAUCAAUUUGCUCAAAAUUUUUAGUGAGUUUAUCGUCGUUGCAAGAGGAAAACCGAGUCAUUUUAUUUUCGACAAUAUAUAACACACUCCUCAAACCAUGUGCUCACGCAAUUUAUUUAAUAAAUUUGUCACUUUCUGUUUAUUCAGAAGUUGCGUUUGUAUACAGAGUCCGAAAAAACUGGAGUUUUGAAAACGCCUUUUUGGUAUAGUCUGCUGAAAAAAUGAAAUGAAAUUGCACCUUUUUACUCGAUUCUUUGGUUGUGAAAGGAAAAUUAUCUUAGUUUUUCAUUCCGACAAGUGCAUCAGUAGGAUUUUCGACGCUGUUUAAUUCACGAAGAAUAAAAGUUGCCUGAUUCUGUAUUUCAAACUGUUCGAGGGUAGAUUUGAAGGGAUUUUAAAGAUGAGAAAAUUUUUGGAAAACCAGAGCCUCUAAUAGUUUCAUUAGAUUCUGAAUGGAUGAGAAUGGAGACCGGGAAGAAAAUGAUUUCAAAAUUUGGCUGAAAAAAAAAAUGUUUUUCAUCGGGGAAAAUAAAUUGGCGAUUUUAAACCGAACGGAUUUUGUUCGAUGAGAAAAUCGUCCUCUCGGUGUCAGAUCAGCUCUUUGAAAUACACAUUGUCAUAACGACGUUACCCAACGAUAUUUCGAAAUAAACUUUUUCCUGUGCUUCUAAAAAGCCGAGGACUAACAAACGACUAAUAAAAAUCGUUCGAAGGUUCCGGCAAUACGUAAAUUCUAUAAAAAUGUGUAAUUUUUAUUGUUACCGUCGAUAAUAUUAUUUACUGAUAUUUUUCAUGAAUUCGACAUGAUAUAAUUGACAGCCAUUUGCUCGCGUUUGAAGGAUAAUGCUAAUGUGAAAAUUUCCAUAUACACAUAUAUUGUUGAUACGAGAAAAGAUGUUGUUAAACUGUUGUUGUUAAAGAUAGCGGAUGUGUUAAUAAUUGUUAAGUGCGAACGAUGAGAUAAAUGAUUUUUCAUUGUCGAAUGAUACAAAUAAUGUCUCUUGCAUGUAUGUUCUACGCUAUUAAUGAUUGGCAUAUUCGAGGUUGGAACGGGCUAUGAUUAACAGUAUUAUUUGUUGGAGGGUGCACGCUAACGUAUCGCCUAAUAUCUCGCCUAAAGUGCAAAUCGCAAUGUUUUGUUUGAGCGUUCACUCUUUUCGGAUGAGUCGCGGGAACUUUGAGAAGCGUGGCUAUUCAUUUGACGUUUCAAUGCUUGUCGCAAAAUAUUUUGCAACUUGUCGAUGUUCUCACAAUCUUCAAUCUCUACGACUAUAAAAAAUAAAUUUUAAGAUUAAUAUUGAUCGAAAAAUCAUCUCGUAACGCGAAUAUCGUUAGACUUUAAGGCUCGAAUCUUUUUGUAACCUUCGUAACAAAAAUAACCAUAAAUGAUAAGCGAUUUUAAAAUACUAUCGAGCCAAGACUCUUCCGAUUGCGUAUUUUCAUUGCGAUUUCUAAUUAUCGAACAUUAUUAUGCCAAAUGAGUUUUCAUUUUCGUCUAUCCUUUCAAACAAAUACAACGAAUGAUUUCAAUUAUGAAAAAAAAAACAAAAAAAAUUACGAAGGAAGUCACUAAAUAUUUUAACGAUAGAAAUAACUCCUAUUGUUAUCACGAAAAACCCUCGAUAAUUCUCCAACAGACUGAGAACAUUGGUACGUGCACAAUUGAACAAAAAUAAAUAUGAAAACUCAUCAAAGAAAAAGGACUCGAGGUCCAUAAACCUUUCGACGAUUCCCGCCAAAUUUUGUAUACUGCGUUUGAGAAUUUAUCGAAAAAUCAUGGAAAAUAAAAGUCGAAAGGAGCUCAUAAGUGGAAGAGUCGUGGCCCAGAACGAACGAAUCAUGAUAGAAAAGAUGUAGAAUUUUAACAAAAAAUUUCCAACCAAAAAUUUCAGUAUCGCGCCACUUAAAAAAUGUGUCGAGUACUCCAAACAUUUGGUAUUAAGUAACUUGAAAAAAUGAGAGAUAAAAAAAUGAAAUAAAUUUAAUGGAGAAGCUUCUGCUCACCGAGAAGUUGCUACGAUCUUUGGCAACUUGUCAAAUGUGAUUGUGAAAAACGAGAAAAAAGAAAGAGAAACGCAAGAAUGAAAAAGGGAAAAUGUGGACACGACGUUAAGGCGUGUCGUGUAAAUUCGUGCGUGCCGAAAAAUCUGUCUUUUUGUAAAUAGUUUCAUCGACCAGGCACCCAUUAAAUAUUCGAUAAUUGCUGGCAUGAAAACAAUCACUGGAAAAUCACGCGGUGAAAUAUCCAUGUGAACGUGUCUAAUGAAGAGCAUCGAUCAACGUAGCAUAUACAACUCGUAAAGAUUCACACUAAAGUCAAGAGUGUUGCGAAAAGCCCUUGCGGUAAAAAGGAGUCGGAAACGUGAAAAGAGUGGGUGCGAUUUCGACGUGAGUUAUCGAUGAAAACAAUUGUUCGCAAGCUUCCAAGAACAAUCGAAAGAGAAUAACGAAUUUCAUUUGAUGAAAAAUGAAAUGGGAGUGCGAUCAUGGGCGUGUAAAUAAAACGCUUUGCGUUAAGGCCACAACAUUUUUGGUUGUUUCGAGCAUAUUUUUAUCAAUGGACAAGGAACUAGAGCCGAAAUAACUGAACAUUUUAUCGCACUAACCAAAAGUUUGUCUUCACGCCCAAGAAAGCGAAUUUUUGUAGGCCAAUCAUUUCUUUGAUUUUAAUGAACAAAAAAUUUGGUUGAAAUGGAAAAAAAGGGAAAAGUUCUUUCUGGUCAGUGUUAUCAUGUCUACUGUCGAUAGUAUAGAAUCGUCACGAUACGAAGACGUAAAUAUUUUGUUUCGAGGAUGCCUGUGAACGAUUUCGUACCGGAGAGCGUUAAUAAAUUUUACAUAAAAAUUGCUCGUACACGUGACUGUAUGUUGUUUCAAAUAAACGAAAAGCAAACCAUUGUUGUUUUGUAAUAAGA